AUGGCUUUGGAAGACGAAGACAAGACCGCGUUCGUAAUAAACGAGGGUCUCUUCUGUUAUACCAAAAUGCCAUUCGGAUUGAAGAAUGUCGGAGCUACGUACCAAAAGUUAAUGGAUAAAGCGUUCAAAGACCAGAUCGGAAGAAAUCUAGAAAUUUAUGUGGACGAUCUGGUCAUAAAAAGUCAGACCGAAGACAGCAUGAUCGAUGACAUACUCGAAACCUUCACCAGGCUUCGGAGUAUCAAUCUCAAACUAAAUCCCAAAAAAUGUUCGUUCGGAUUAGAAGAAGGAAAAUUUCUCUGCGUAUGGAUAACACAGUCCGGAAUACGGGCACACCCAGAUAAAAUCAAGGCAGUGAUCUCCAUGCAGCCUCCUAAAACGGUUAAAGAAAUUCAAUCAUUAAACGGUAAACUGGUAGCUCUCCAUCGCUUUGUCUCAAAAGCGGCCGAUCGUACUAUUCCUUUCAUGAAUGUGUUAAAGAAGCGAACUGGAAAAGGUCAGAUAGAGUGGACACCGGAAGCCGAUUCGGCAUUCCAAGAAUUGAAAGUUUGUCUUGGAUCACUACCCACUCUGACCGCUCCAAUCACCGGUGAAACUGUUACUGUUUAUCUCUCCGCCUCGCAUUUCGCUAUAAGUGCGGUGCUUGUGGUACACUGGAAUCAAGCGCAAAUACCGGUUUACUAUGUAAGCCGCAUUUUGAAAGACUAUGAAACUCGAUAUCCAAUGAUAGAAAAGUUGGCACUCGCAUUGGUGCAUGCUUCCCGACGUCUCCGAAGGUAUUUCCAAGCCUUCAACAUAGAGGUACAAACUGAUCUUCAAAUCCAACAAAUUCUCAGAAAGCCGGAGGUCUCCGGGCGCCUUACCAAAUGGGCGAUUGAGCUUAGUGCUUUCGACAUCACCUACCGAACCCGGGGCCCGAUAAAAGGCCAGGCCGUGGCAGAUUUCCUCACGGAGGUGCCGACCGGAGAAAGUGUCAAAGAAAAAUCCGUGUUACCAAGGGUAUGGAACCUUUAUACGGACGGAGCCUCCAGCAAAGAAGGUUCAGGAGCAGGUUUAAUCCUAAUAGAUCCGGAAGGGAUAGAGUAUGCUUAUGCUCUACGUUUCGAGUUUAAAACUUCCAACAAUGAAGCAGAGUUUGAGGCUCUUCUCGCUGGACUCCAAACCGCAGCCAAGGCUGGUGCAACCUCCGUACUAGCGCAUGUUGAUUCACUUUUAGUCGCUAAUCAGGUCAGCGGAGAGUACGAGGCACGGGAAGAAAACAUGGUUCGGUAUCUCAACCAAGUUAACAGCUUAAUUUCCUCCUUUGACUCUUGUAAGAUAGUACACAUACCGCGAAGCAAGAAUAAGAAAGCCGAUGCUCUAAGUAAGCUUGCCUCCGUAGCAUUCUGUCAUUUAUCCAAGGAAGUGUUAGUUGAAACUCUACAAGCUCCGGCCAUCCAACAGGCGGUUUCUGUUAUGUCCGUCUCCGUGCAAGAAAAAUCGUGGAUGACUCUGAUCUUGGAAUACUUAAGAGAAGGAACGCUCCCAGAAGAUAAGGCUCAGGCCCGGAAGUUAAAGGUAAAAGCGUUGCAAUAUCAGAUUCACGAUGGGCAACUUUACCGAAAGACCUUCUUAGGUCCGCUCCUAAAAUGUUUAACGCCGGACGAAGCCAGCCACGUUAUAAGAGAAAUUCACUGGGGAAUAUGCGGUAUUCAUUCCGGACCUAGGAUGGUGAUAGCCAAGGUCAUGAACGCUGGUUACAUUUGGCCAGGCAUGCACCAAAGCGCGGUUAACGAGUUACAAUCAUGUGAAGAUUGUCAGCGGCACGCUCCUGUCAGCCACCGAGCAAAAAAUAACCUGGUCCCCGUAACCUCCGCAUGGCCAUUCCAAAAAUGGGGGAUUGACAUCGUUGGUCCGUUUCCAGUUUCCACCGGAGGAGUAAGGUUUCUACUGGUGGCCAUCGAUUAUUUCACAAAAUGGAUAGAGGCCAAACCCCUCCGAGCCAUCACAGGGGACCAAGUACUAAGGUUUGUCUGGGAGAAUAUAGUAUGCAGAUAUGGAAUGCCAUUCUGCAUUAUCAGCGACAACGGGAAACAAUUUGCAGAAAAACCAUUUAAAACAUGGUGCGAAAGGAUGCAUAUAGAGCAAAGUUUCACGUCAGUUGCCCACCCUCAGGCCAACGGACAAGUAGAGAGAGCCAACCGCAGCAUCGUGGAAGGCAUCAAAAAACGAUUGGGGAAGGAAGGCGUCUCCUGGGCGGAUGAAUUACCGCAUGUUUUGUGGGCUCACAUGACGAUGCCUAAGACUAGCACCAAAGAAACCCCUUUCAGCCUGACGUAUGGCACGGAAGCAGUCAUUCCUGCAGAAGUAGGAGUACCCACCCUCCGCAUGCAGUUAAGCCAAGAGGAAAACGAACAAGAACUCCGACAGAACCUUGACCUGGUUGAAGAAAGAAGAGAGCUUGCAGCCAUUCGGGAAGCAAAAUAUAAGAAAGAGUUGGAAAAACACUACAACUCCAAGAUAAAAGAGGUCCGGUUUAAACUGGGAGAUUACGUCAUGCGGAGUAACGAAGCAAGCUUGGCUGAGGGAACCAGAAAAAUGGCCCCCAAGCGGGAGGGUCCCUACCAGAUCAAGAUAGCAGGAAAAGACGGUGCAUACACUCUGAGCAAAAUGGACGGAACCUCCGUUCCUCGCACUUGGAACGGAGUGCACCUUAAGAAGUGUUUUCUUUGA